CGGAAGUGGAGUGCAGAGCCGUGCAGAGCCGUGCUGUACGCUGUCGGUCACUGUGAUUCGGAGCCCGCGCGGUCGCUGGACCCAUCCAAGUGGCGCGAGCGGCUCUGGGCCCCUCGGGCCCCGCGGUCCAGAGGGCACCAUGGACGACAAGGAGUUAAUUGAAUACUUUAAGUCUCAGAUGAAAGAAGAUCCUGACAUGGCCUCAGCAGUAGCUGCCAUCCGGACUUUGCUGGAAUACUUGAGGAGAGAUAAAGGGGAGACACUCCAGGGCCUGAGAGCGAAUCUCACCAGUGCCAUAGAAACCCUGUGUGGCGUGGACUCUUCUGUGGCCGUGUCCUCGGGCGGGGAGCUCUUCCUGCGCUUCAUCAGCCUUACCUCCCUGGAAUACUCCGAUUACUCCAAAUGUAAAAAGAUCAUGAUUGAGCGGGGAGAGAUUUUUCUCAGGAGAACAUCACUGUCGAGAAAUAAAAUUGCAGAUCUGUGCCAUACUUUCAUCAAAGAUGGGGCGAGAAUAUUAACUCACGCCUACUCCAGAGUGGUCCUGAGAGUCUUGGAAGCAGCCGUGGCGGCCAAGAAGCGUUUCAGUGUGUACAUUACAGAGUCACAGCCUGAUUUAUCAGGUAAGAAAAUGGCCAAAGCCCUCUGCCACCUCAGUGUCCCCGUCACUGUCGUACUGGAUGCCGCUGUUGGCUACAUCAUGGAGAAAGUGGAUCUUGUCAUUGUUGGUGCUGAAGGAGUUGUUGAAAACGGAGGAAUCAUUAACAAGAUUGGAACCAACCAGAUGGCCGUGUGUGCCAAAGCACGGAACAAGCCUUUUUAUGUUGUUGCAGAAAGUUUCAAGUUUGUACGGCUCUUCCCACUAAACCAGCAAGAUGUCCCAGAUAAGUUUAAGUACAAGGCAGAUACUCUGAAGUCCACGCAGACUGGACAGGAUCUCAAAGAGGAGCACCCGUGGGUCGACUACACCUCCCCUUCCUUAAUCACACUGCUGUUUACAGACCUGGGGGUGCUGACGCCCUCAGCAGUCAGCGACGAACUCAUCAAGCUCUAUCUGUAACAGCCGGGCCCUUUCCUGCCGGCGAACAGCUGAUGCUGGGAGCAGCCUCUUGGCCCCUCAAUGAGCCAGGCCAAAACUGAAUUGUUUUUUAUGAAAUUUUAUCGACUAAGUACUUAAAAUCAUACGUCUUGGAGAAUUUUUAUUCAUUUCAGUCCCAUCUAAAAUAUGUUCAUGGUUCCCCUAGAACCCAACCUAAAUUGUGCUUAUGGUUUCCAGACACUUUCAUUCAUUUCCAGUUUCCAGAAAUACAAGUUAGAUUAUUGGC